GCUGUGGGUGGGCCUCACUGUCAGCGAGAGAGAAUUGAAUAAUUAACAGAAUGUUUAUUGAGGUUUAACAAAGUAAAUAUACAUUUUAUACGCAGGAUUAUGGAGAUCUGCCAAUGCUGUACCGAAGGUGGUGCAUGUUUUGCUAUAACUUACUGAAAUAAGGAUGUACAGGUAAGGGAAUAGCACUGUCUGCCUGCUCAUAAUCCUCCUGACACUAACGCCACUUUGUGUCUGGCUCUGACUGCUGGUUCGUUUCAGCCUGGCAGAGAUGAAGUGCACCCUGGGUUUCCUGGCCCUGCUUGCAGUCUCAGCUCGGACCAGGGCAGGGCCAGGCAGACAUGAAGUACAUGUUGGGUCUCCUGGUUCUGCUCACAGUCUCAGCCUGGACCAAGGCGGGGGCGAGAACCACAGCUGGAGCGCUCAGUCAGACACGCUGUCACCCUGUUUGCAGGUUGUAAAGAAAGCGGAUGCUGGCAAUAACAACGAAGACGAGGGAAAACUGACCGUCGCAGAGCAGCUGGAGAAAGCCAACAACAAUCUCAACCGUUACCAUGAUGGCAUUAGGAUAAGAGAUGACAUCAUCGUCGCUCGUCAUCGCACCAAGAGAAGCACCAAACCCUCCACCCUGCAUGAUCGUCUGUGGCCUAAAUCCAGCGAUGGCAAAGUUUAUAUACCCUAUAUCAUCGCUAACCACUACCCCUCUGAGGAGCUGGAUAUCAUCAAAAAAGGCAUCGACUCCUUCUCCUCCUCCACCUGCAUUCGCUUCCUUCCCCGCACCACCGAGAAGGACUUUCUCUACAUUCAGUCUCUGAAUGGAUGUUACUCCUACUUGGGCCGCCAGGGUUACGGGCAGAUAGUGUCUCUGAGCCUCCAAGGCUGCAUUUACCUCGGGACGGUCCAGCACGAGCUGCUCCACGCUCUGGGCUUCAACCACGAGCACUGUCGCUCCGACCGGGACCAGCAUGUCCAGGUCCUGCUGCAGAAUGUCAUGAAAGGUCAGGAUUUUAACUUCAAAAAGGUCAACACUCUGAACCAGGAGACUCCAUACGACUACAGCUCCGUCAUGCACUACGGCAGGCUGGCUUUCUCCAAGGACGACCACAACCCCACCAUGGUGGCUGUCCCAAAGUCCAAUUCUGAGUUCGGCACGGCUACAGAGAUGAACCAAAACGACAUCAACCGCAUCAACCUGCUGUACUGCAGCGACUAGUCCUCCAGCACAGAACGUGUCACACUGAGGUUUCUUUGACUAACACUAAUGUUCUUAUUUAAACCCCUGAAGUCUGUACAGGAUGUGACACUUGGUUCAACGUCACUCCAACACACACAGUCUGUCCAGCGCAAAGCAGAACAGACUCACAUAUCAUGUGUGAAGACUUUGAGAAAAUGUAUUAGAAAGAUAUUAAGUUCUGUUCUUGGUGAAAUAGAAGUCAUGAUCGUAUUCCAGUGAAGAACAUUCAUUCAUUUUAAACAGUUAAUACAAGCACUCAUGUCCUCUGGAAUCCUUAAGAAAACAAAGCUUAAGGGAGACAUACUAUGCUCAGGUUCAUCAUUUUAUUUUGGGUCACUACUUGAAAAAGUUUACAUGCUUUAGUCCCCAGAAAACACAGCCUUGUCUCUUUUCUUUAGGUCCCCUUUAAACAUGUGAUUAAUAAAGCUUACCUCACAGACACUCAAUAAACGGUUCUGUUAGUGUUUCUGUCCAGGUUUGGAUUAAAGCUGUUUUUUGUAUACACCGAAGAAAAACAUGAUUGGAAAAAUAAAUAAACCCGCUGCGACUGAUAAGACCUUGAUGCCAGGUGCUUAUUCCCAUGAUGCUGUUUCCUGAAAGAGAAUUUUACCUUUAACCAAUAACACUCUUUAUCUUAAACGUUUGGCAACAAAUAUAUAUUUAUUAUUCAAAACUGUGAUGUGAUCUGUAUCUUAUUUUGUCUCCAGAUAAUUGAUUUAACAUUUUACAAAGAAAUUGCAAGAUAUUUUCAAGGCAUCACUAAGUACUCUUCGAUACUUAUUGUUGCAAAUUCUUCCGUGUGACUUUUCAGUGCAUAAAUUAGUCCCGCAUCUUUUCCGACACAUACAAAGAAAUACAACAGAACGUGCAGAGCCAUCGGUACAAGUGUUGAUUUAAGAUUUAGAAGCAGGACAUCACUUUUUUCCUGUGAAAUUCUAGGAAUAUUUUACAUAUCUUAUUUCUGGACAACUUUUUUUUUCUCAUUUAUUUAUCAAGCCAGACAUUUCUUUCACAUAUUAAGAGUAAAUAAACAUCUCAUAGUAUCAGUGUCAGUGUAAUAUCCCCGGCUGUCAACUCAUUGAGUGAUCUUUGUGGCGGCCAUUUUGUCCCUGUCUCUCUCACAGACAGACACAGUUAUAUACUUAUAAAGCAUCAGGCACAUGCAAAAUGUAUGAAGAAAUGUUCUACUUUUUCUCUUUUAUAUUCACUCAUUUCACGGUUUUCAUUAUAUCUUGUUUGUAAGCUAAAAGAAUGUUCAAGCAGGAGUAUUUCUGAGUAUGAUUGAAUUCUGGUAAUUCUGAUAAUUAAGUACACAUAACAAACUGUAUGUUUUAAUGCAAAUUUAUUGAUGUUGAUUGAAUCAUGGAGAAUUUAUUGUUGACCCCUGAAGACAGCAAUGAUGACGACUCUCGUCCUGAAGUAUGCAUCAUCUCAUUCACCUGUUUAGAAAGAAAAUGUUAUAGUGGUUGAUAAAUGGAUACAUUAAAUAUAUUUGAGAAUGUG